AUGAGCGCUCACAAUCUCGAGGGAAAUCUCUAUCACAGAGACUAUAUAAUUGGCAUCGUCUUGCUCUUGAUUGUCGUAGUCCUCUGGACAUCCUCAAACUUCUUAACUCAGGAUCUCUUUGAAGACGGAUACGAGAAACCAUUCCUCGUAACAUACCUGAACACAAGUGCAUUUGCCUUUUACCUGAUACCAUAUGCCAUCAAGAAAUCUAUUACUGGCGGAUCAACCUCUGCUGACGACUCCAACGAACUUCUCCCACUGACCACCAAAGAGACGGCGCAAUUGGCUGCUUCUUUCUGUUUCCUUUGGUUUAUAGCUAAUUGGACCGUCAAUGCGUCCCUCGACUACACUAGUGUUGCAAGUGCAACUAUUCUCAGCAGUAUGAGUGGUUUCUUCACAUUGGCGAUCGGACGCGUAUUUCGUGUGGAAACUCUAACGCUCGUCAAAAUUGGCGCCGUUGCUACUAGCUUUAUCGGUGUGGUUCUGGUGUCAGCGUCUGAUUCGUCCCAAACAAAUCCUGGGCCCCCUGCUCCUUCAUCUUCGUUGAAUCCCGAUCGCAUCAAUUCGAUGACCAUGUUCGCCUACGUGCAUAUCUUGGGCGACGCCCUCGCCUUACUAUCAGCCUUGUUCUACGCCCUUUAUGUAACUCUCUUGAAGGUCCGCAUUCGGUCAGAAUCACGAAUUGACAUGCAAUUAUUCUUCGGGUUUGUGGGGCUGUUCAACAUCCUGACGUGUUGGCCCAUCGGUAUCCUACUCCAUAUUACCGGUGUCGAGAGAUUUGAGAUGCCAUAUACCAGCAAAGCAGUCCUUGCACUCUUGAUAAAUAUGGGAAUCACUCUUUCGAGCGACUACAUAUAUGUGAUCGCCAUGCUCAAGACUACACCCUUAGUGGUUACGAUCGGCCUUAGCCUAACGAUGCCGCUAGCCGUACUCGGAGAUUUUGUCCUGGGGAAACCUGCGAAGAUCCAAGUCAUCGUCGGAGCUGCCGUCGUACUAUGCAGCUUCAUCCUUGUCGGGUUGGAGGACGCGCACAAUGCGGAGGAACCCGACCUCCUAACAGGGAGGAUUAUCGAGGAGGGUCAAGAUGAGGGAGGCGUACGUUUGGAAGAGGAGGUUGCAGCGGAGCCCUGA